ACCCCGAGCGGUCUGUCACUAAGAGGGAUCUGACCGUCCUUCUUUGUGAGCUGACUCACUCCUCCUGGUCCUCUCCUCACUCUCUCGUCUUCCACUCAACCCAGACGGCAGUUCUCUCUUUUUUCUUUCUUUUUUCUUCUCCCUCCGACACCCACCUACCCUAACCAUGAGCAGCAGAUCCAGCUUCUCUAUAACCAAGACCUCAUAUGGAGGAGGCGGCGGCGGUGGCUACGGAGGUGGCGGCGGCGGCGGCGGCAGCGGGAGGGCUUUCUCCGCUAAGUCGUACGCUGGGGCCUCCUCCUCCCGCAUGUCCGUAAGGUCGAGCGGUGGCGGUGGCGGCGGCGGCUUCGGCGGCGGCGGCGGCGGCUUCGGCGGUGGAAGCAUGAGGAUGGGCGGGGGCGGAGGAUACGGUGGUGGUGGCGGCGGCGGCGGAUUUAUCGGCGGCGGCAGUGCAUACGGCAUUCCAUACAGUAGCAGCAUGGGUGGUGGUGGUGGCAUGGGCGGCUUCGGCGGCGGCAUCACUGCUGUUACGGUCAACCACAGCCUGCUCGCCCCCGUCACCAUGGAGAUCGACCCCGACAUCCAGGUCGUCCGCACCCAGGAGAAGGAACAGAUCAAGACCCUGAACAACCGCUUCGCCUCCUUCAUCGAUAAGGUACGUUUCCUGGAGCAACAGAACAAGAUGCUGGAGACCAAAUGGUCCUUCCUGAAGGACCAGACCGCCUCCCGCUCCAACAUCGACGCCAUGUACGAGGCCUACAUCGCCAACCUGCGCAGGCAGCUCGACGGUCUUGGCAACGAGAAAAUGAAGCUGGAGGGAGAGCUGAAGAACAUGCAAGGCAUGGUGGAGGACUUCAAGAACAAGUACGAAGAUGAAAUCAACAAGCGAGCUUCAGCAGAAAACGAAUUUGUCUUGCUCAAGAAGGAUGUUGAUGGAGCAUACCUGACCAAAGUAGAGCUGGAGGCACAGGUUGAUGCUCUUCAGGACGAAAUUAACUUCCUCAGAGCCAUCUACGAAGCGGAGCUGCGUGAGCUGCAGAACCAGGUGAAGGACACCUCCGUGGUGGUGGAGAUGGACAACAGUCGCAACCUGGACAUGGACUCCAUCGUGGCUGAAGUGCGUGCCCAGUACGAGGACAUCGCCAACCGCAGCCGCGCAGAGGCCGAGUCCUGGUACAAGCAGAAGUAUGAGGAGAUGCAGUCCUCUGCCGGGAAACACGGCGAUGACCUGCGCAACACCAAGUCCGAGAUCGCCGAGUUGAACCGGAUGAUCAGCCGUCUACAGAACGAGAUCGAGAACGUCAAGCAGCAGCGUGCCGCCCUGGAGGCUCAGAUCGCAGAGGCCGAGGAGCGCGGGGAUCUUGCCGUAAAAGACGCCAAGGCCCGCAUCAGGGACCUGGAAGAGGCCCUGCAGAGAGCCAAGCAGGACAUGGCCCGCCAGGUACGCGAAUACCAGGAGCUGAUGAACGUCAAGCUGGCCCUGGACAUCGAGAUCGCCACCUACAGGAAGCUGCUGGAGGGAGAGGAGUUCAGACUGGCCGGCGGAGGCCCUCAAGCAACCAUCCAUGUUCAGUCCACCACAAGCACUGUCAGCGCUGGCGGCGGCGGCGGCGGUGGCGGUGAGUACGGAGGCGGUUAUGGCAUGGGCGGCGGCGGAGGCGGCGGAGGCGGCGGUGGAUAUGGCUACAGCGGAGGAAGCAUGGGAGGCAUGGGAGGCUACGGUGGUGGUGGUGGUGGUAGCAUGAGCAUGAGCAAGAGUUCCAUGGUCUCUCGAUCUAGAUAUUAAAGCUUACAAAGAUGAGCCCCCCUCACCUUUUCCCCCCUUCUCCCCCUCCACCCCUCCUUUCCUUCCAGUCUCUCUUGCUUCUCCAUACACACGAUUCAUUCAUAUGACCUGGCCCUCAUCAGGGCAUCUAUUGAUCCAUGUCUGAAUAUAUUGCAAUGAGUCUCCAGAAACCCAUGGUACCCAUUCCCGGAUGAAACAAAUAACAGAAAUUCCAGUCAGUUCAGGUCAAGUGCCAUAACUGGGGUCAAUUGAAGCCCUUUCUCGUUCAAAGGUGAAAAACCGAAACCAGACUUUUUGUUUGUUUUCCUACGUGCAAUUUCUCCUUAUACAACAGUUUUCCUUCACUGACACAUACCUGAUUUCAAAAAUGCAAAAAAAAAAAAAAACACACAAAAAAAAACAGACAA